CCACAUCUCGCGAGGGUUUGGCGGCACUGUUAUGGCGGCUUCCUUGUAGUUAUAGUGGAAAAUAAAGCCGCAUUGUUGAAAGGUAACCUAGAGCAGAGCUGUGAUGAGUGCUGUCCUCUUCAGAAACUUCCACACAAAAUACCACCAGGAUCCUGGAAGAAGGCGUACCAAAAACUUCAAAAAGCACUAUCCUAGUAGCACAUUUCAAAGAUCUAUUUGAUGCUGAUGUGGGAGAAUUUGAGAGAACACAAUGGCUACAGAGUGCACCAUAGAUAUUGGGACUGAGGCAGAGACUGGUACUUCACAGACCCCGUUAACAUCAGAUGAAAACCUGGAUAAGCUUACACCAAGUGAGAAUGAUGAGCCGGCUGCAAAACUUCAACGCGUUGAGAUAUGUGGAUCGGUUAUUGCACUACAGGAUGAGAACAUAGCUGAUGUCCCUUCAGCUUUGACCAGUACCAGUACAGGAACAUCUGAUGACUAUCCGGAGGACAUAAAGCUAACAUUGUCUCCAAAAUGUAGCCCUUCAGCUGUUGAUGAAGGUGUGCCAGCCCAGUUCAAUGGUGACAACUUGCCGAAGGUCUGUGAAAAACCGGAAGAUUCUGAACCGAAUGGGCAGCCUGAUACUGCGAUAGGAAUGCUACCAGAGGAAGUGAGCAGUAGUCAAGGAGAAAGCCAUUUCCAUAUGGUUGAAUUUGACUUCACCACUGAGCCCCAACUAUUAACAGGAUCCUGGGCAGAGUAUUCUGGUACUACAGAAAAUUUUUUAAAAGGCUGCAAAUGGGCACCAGAUGGCUCCUGCAUUUUAACAAACAGUGCCGACAAUGUCUUGCGCCUCUAUAAUCUACUUCCUGAAAUGUACAGCCAGGAUUGGGAGGGUCGUCCAGAAAUGAAUGCAGUGUUGCGGAUGACUGAAGGGGAUACAAUUUAUGACUAUUGCUGGUAUCCACUCAUGACUUCCUUGGAUCCAGGAACAUGCUUCAUUGCAAGCAGCAGUCGAGACAAUCCUAUCCAUCUAUGGGAUGCUUUCUAUGGUGACGUCAGAGCAACAUUUCGUCCAUAUAACCAUUUGGAUGAAUUGACUGCUGCACAUUCGCUCUGUUUCUCUCCUGAUGGAACCCAGCUUUUCUGUGGCUUUGACAAGAUGGUACGCAUCUUCGAAACUUCCCGCCCUGGGCGAGAGUGUGAAAAAAGGCCAACCAUAGUGAAGAAGCAGGGGCAAAAUGGAAUCAUCUCUUGCAUCGCAUUCAGCCAUGCACAGGACAUCUAUGCCUGUGGCUCCUACUCAAAGACAGUGGGACUGUACUCUCGAGAAGAAGGCAUUCCAAUUGCGGUUUUGCAGGGUCACCAAGGUGGCGUCACACAUGUGAUCUUCGCUCCUGAUGGUAACCUUCUAUAUACUGGGGGAAGAAAGGAUCCUGAAAUUCUGUGCUGGGACCUGCGAGAACCUGGGAAGGUACUUUUUUCAAUGCAGAGGACAGUCACUACCAACCAGAGAAUGUACUUUGACCUUGAUGUGACAGGGCGUUAUUUACUCACUGGUAAUACCAAAGGUGCCAUUUAUGUUUGGGAUACUUUACUUCAGCAGCCUGGAGACAAGGAAUCGGUCUUACAGCCAGCACUUCAGUUUGAUGCACAGAAAGACUGCAUUAAUGGAAUCAGUUUGCACCCUCAUAUGCCCUUGCUGGCCUCAGCAUCAGGUCAACGUAAAUUUCCAGAACCUACUGAAAGUGGAGACGAGUCAGACACAGAUGGAGUCCUCCUGACACAUCGCCACAUCAGAGGAGAAAAUUCCCUCAUGCUUUGGUGGGCUGGACCAAAGCAGCCAGAGCAUAUCGACUGCCAUGUGGAUCUCCCUACAGAGAAAAUUCCUGAUGUACCUUUUGAAGAAGAAGAUGAUUGCUGUUAUGAAAAAGGAUUGUGA